AUGUAGAAAUAGCAACCAUAAUAAGAAACCUAGAAUUUCAAGCCUCAAAUAAAGAAAGCCAAUAGUUUCGAUGAGGAGGACAAACUAGAAAUAAUCAAACAGGGAUACGGCAUUAAUGAGGCCUUAAAACUAGAUAUCCUCGAAUACUAUAAAUCGAGUCGACAAUAACAAGAAUUUAAAAAUCCAGCUGAUUUCAUUAAGCAUCGACUCGAUAAUAAAUAUGGGCCUUAUUGGUUCGUGUUUAUGUGGGAUCGUAAAGACAACCUGAAUGCCUAAUUCAGUUAUUAUAAUAAUGACGAUAAAGUCUUUGAAUUUGAAGUAUAAAUCCUUUGCUAUCAAGCUUAAUGGAUGGCACAAUUUAAUUUAUUCAUUCAAUCAAGGUCCCCCUGUUAAAUACUAGCCUCAAUCAAAUGGCCCAACUCUACCUUAAUAUAAUAUGUAUUUUGA